CGCACAGACAGCUUGUUUAACAUAAUUUAUGACCAAUGGAGCUUGUUAUGUUUCAAGCAGUUUGUGCUCGUUCCAGGGCCAUUCAACGUGACUGUACUACCGAGUGACACCAUUACUUUGUGCACCAUAAAACGCUGCGUGUCUGGCCUGGGUUCAUUCUUAAAUCUGUCGUUGUCAAGCAGAGACCUACUCUUUGCUACCCGGCUCGACUUUGUCUCUCUUUUCUGGAGCGUCGCGAGUAUUUAAGACUAGUGUGGAUCCGACAAAGAUAAUAUUUCGAUCACAAAUAGUCAGACCCAAAGGUACUUGUACAAAAGUGUGUUUCUACAGGCUUGACUCCCCGAGGCUCGACAGAUAUUGAGUAGUUCACCUACCGCAUACUAAAGUGCAUGAGCUGUAAACUUUCCUCGUAUUGGCAAAUGUUGAACGCGUGGCAAAGUAGAUAAUCUUGCCUUACAAGUUACAUGACAGAAACCGUCUAUUACUAUCUACUCUUCAUGUGCAUUGCGUAACCGUAACGUCAGAGACCUCAAUAUUUUUGAAAUUGUUUGCAACGCCCUCUCGAGUCUUUUUGUCAUUGCGUGCAUGCUUCUUUGCGCUGCGCGGUACGAGCCAGCGAUUAAAAAGGAGUGACUCUAGACACUAACAACAUCAACUUGUACACGACAGCGAGGCUUGAGUGCAGCCUCCUCCGUAUCAUACCUGCGUUUUGACGCCUUGAAUCUCUUCAUCUUACUUCGCUGGCAGAGACACACGUUCGGCGUGGAGAUAUAACACUUGUCAGCAUGUCAUCAGACACGACUCUUGCAUGUCAUCGGAGGAUGAUGCUGAGAACUAACCCAGUACGGCUGCUUAUGUGCUUGAUGAUACCGUGUUUACUAGCAUCACUGAUUCGACUAACCCAAGCUGAGCGAAAAGGACAACCUCAGAUACCCAUCAGAGCCGAACCAGACACCCCUCACUCAAGGGGUAUACCAGGUUGUAUGUUUGAUGAUGUCUUCUACGAUCUAGACGCACAUUGGCAUCCUGAUCUUGGAUUUGGUGAAAUGGCCUGCAUGGACUGUCAGUGUGUUCCGAUUGCUAAAGAUGGAAUGAAAACAGGGAGAGUUAGCUGUCGAGACAUCAAGAAAGAUUGUAGGGAACCUGAGUGUCCGCCAGGUGUGGAGCCUGUACUUUCUGAUGGAGAAUGUUGCAAGGCAUGCCCUCAAAGCAGUGGUUCGGGCAGUGAAACUGGAGGAACUAAGUUGAGUAAAGAUCGACCAACAGACAUCUCUGAUGAUCUCCCUGAUGCCAACUCCAGAGGAGAAGUUUAUGUGUCUAUGCUGACCGGCACCUUGAUUGAUGUCAGAACCAAUGCUGUCGCUCGUGCUUCGUUUUCAUUACUUGAUGGCACAUUGUAUUAUUCUAUACAAUACAGAAGAAUGGAUCGCCCAGUUAGAAUAACGUUUACUGAUGCCUUGAAUUCAACUGUUCAUUACAUCGACCUUGUGGAUGCCCCUGACAUGGUGUGUGGUCAAUGGCAACAUGUACCUGCCACACAUGUUCAGGAUCUUCAGAGUAAGCUGAUGUUUGUGACAUUAUCAACUAGGUCUCACGAAGAAGGUGAAGUGCGUGGUCGCAUCAUGCCUCAUCGUGCAUUGACUGACGAAAGCUUCAGCGUUCUUUUGACGCGGAAAGACAAAGGAAGUGGGCGAAAUCGUAAGAACACUGAUCGUCUUGGGUCAGGGGGCAUCAUAAUGAUUGCUGUAUCUGGUAGCGGGGAUCGACUCAAUUUUGCUGCAUUCAUUGAUGGAAUAACAGAGAACACCGAGCGCACUCAGGAGACGACAUUCAUAUUGCAACUAAAGAAGGGCAGAGAUGUUGUUGCAGAAUCGCAGAAGACCGUCUUCUCAGACGAUUUAGAUUUAGCUGAUGUUUGGGAUCAGUUUACAUCGAAAAUGCAGAAGAAUUUGGCAAGAGGUCUCCUAUCCGUUAGCAUCACGAUAGAAGGACAGGAGGGAGAAUUGGCUGGACCUGUCACACCAAUGCAAACUUGCAACACAAUGCAUGCCGUUUUAUCUGGUAGCCAAGCUCUGGAUAGACCCAAAGCCACAGGAGCUAGUGGCUCGGCCAUCCUCAGUGUUGAUGACAAAGGAAAAAUUAACUAUCAGAUUCUGAUUACGGGCUUGAGGACAAACGUAGUUGGUUUAACGAUAGAGGGUAAGCCCAAAAACAGGCGCAAGAGGAGGAUUGUGGCAGACAUACUGAAAGACUACAGAAAUGGCAAGGCUGUUGGGCGUUAUAGCAAGGCCAAGGCCAGGGAGAUCCAUCAAUUGUUACAUGGUGGAUUGUACAUCAAUGUGGCAACAGAGGCCUACCAGACUUCAGAGCUACGAGGAAUAGUCACCAUCUUACCCUAUACCGCAAGCCUCUCAAACUACAAAGGGAUGCCAGUACAAAUGUCUGGAAGCAUUAUAUCUCCACCUCAGCUUACUGGUGCAGGAGGACAUGCCUUUAUGGUACUUGACUCGGCGUGUGCUUUGCAUUACCAAGUAUCUGUUGUAGGAUUGGAUGAUGAGGAAUCUCGAGCGCCAGAUGACAGCGUUGAUCAUGUGUUUGCUGAGAUCGGUGAAAUCCAAGAAGACAACGUCGUUGUGACACACGUCUUAAAUGAGGUCCACAAAAAUCUGGCAAGUGGAAUAUUGUACAACGUGCCACCUUCCCUCCUGGAAUCCAUGAAUAAUGGCAACGCAUUCAUUCAAGUCAGCUCCAAGAAUCAUCGAGAUGGAGAGAUUCGUGGAUUGGUGAUACUACCCAAUACAUGCUAUAGCGCAUCGUCUUCGGGGUCUGAGCAUUCCAGUGGUCCUACCCUCAUAGACGAUGCCUCACACGGUGGAAGUGUAGAAUCACUUCCCGACUCUUGUUUCUUUGAGUCACGUUACCGGAUACCAGGCUCGAGUUGGUCUCCUGAUUACGAUCCUGUGUGCACCACUUGCAUAUGCAAGAGAAGCGUGGUGAUUUGCGACCCUGUGGUAUGCCCGCAGCUUGAAUGCACCAAUCCCGUGAAGGUACCCGGAGAAUGCUGUCCUAUAUGCCCCAUAGAGGAAACCAACCACGAAACGGAGAGUUGUUUCUUUGAAGGAGACAAGAAACAUCAUAGUGUGGGUUCACAGUGGCAUCCAUUUGUACCACCUUUUGGCUACAUCCAAUGUGCUAUUUGUACCUGUCGAUCAGCAGGUCAGUAUGAUUGUCAGCGGGUACAGUGCCCUAAGUUAGAAUGCAAAAGACCUGUCAGGAUUAACCCCACCGACUGCUGUCAAACCUGUCCCGAAGACCCAUCUACGACCCCAGAACCAGUAGAGAGUGACGUCAUACAGGCUGAUGAGGUCGAGAGAGGGUGUUCAUUUCAUGGAGAUUUCUACAGGAAUGAUGAAGAAUGGCAUCCACAAAUACCGCCCUUUGGAACCUCGUACUGCGUCAAAUGCAGAUGCAAAAACGGCUCAACGAAAUGCAAAAAGAAGAAUUGUCCCAAAUUAUCCUGCGAAGAAACAAUGGAAAUCAAAGGUGAAUGCUGUCCAGUGUGUGUAGAUGGAUCGAGUGGUUUAUUAGCAACAUUUUUCCCUUCACUAUCAACAAGGGCGCCCUCAUUGAACGAUAACAGACGGAAGGAAAGGCGGAAGCAUUAGCGGCCGAUAAACCACCAGACGUGUAUAACAAUACCAAAUAUUAAGUAUUCAAGUCAAAGCUCCGGGUUUUCAAGUUGCAGAUUUCCCACGCAACUGGUAUUUAUGCUUUUCAUGAAAAAAAAAACGAUAGCUAUCCUACAACUUUCCCAAAAAUAUCAUGGUGAACCUUAUUCAAUUUUUAAAAAUCGGCACCGACAUUAGGUACGUGCAUUAGGCACCGACAUUAGGUACGUGCGCAUCAAGUAGCAAGCCAUUGAUAUCCGUGGGGAAUUUUUUGGAAAUAUUGAAACUGGAAUUUGAAAAUGACAGUUACAGUGAACGUUGGGUCUGACCUACAUGCAUUAAAACGGUUCACGACGUGAUACCAUGUUGUCCACGUGAUAUAAAUGAAUGGUGGUUGCUAUGGAAUAACACUUCCAUCACUAAUCAAAUAAGCAUGUCAGUAUUAACUGAUAUACGAAGCUGGAAACAGCGGAAACAGUCUUCAUACAUUCUGACGGCUGGUUCUUGUAAGUAUGAGUACAUGUGACCAAAAAGUUCUGUAUAUACUAAAUUAUUUUUUUUUCAAAAUCUUUGAGAUUGGUCUUUUCGAGUGACUGAAUAUUUAAAGCUUCUGAAGCACUAACAAAAGUGGAGGACUGAUAUAUUUCCAUGCAUGGAAUAAUUUGGAUGAGGAAGCUGUGACAUAAUUGUAAUAAAUAUUUACAUAAUAGUACAUUAUUCUUAAUUAUCAAUACGUAUAAGCCUUGUUGAUAUGUGGGUCUGUGUUGUGGGCCAAUCAUGGUCUGUCUUACUCGUGGAUUCCGUACCUGUUGGCCGUCUUUACUUGUUGCUGCCCAUGAUCCGUUUUCCUUGGCAGAAAGUCAAGUACAUGUACAUUGUAGAUACAUGAUUACUGUAAUCGCAAUGUGCCUCCUACAGCCCGUUCUUGGUGUGGCCGCCCGAUUUGCUUCUGUGUGAGGCCAGAUGCGUUUGACAAACCACAAUUCAUUCAAGGCCUGAAUUAGGGACAAUGAACGAGAUUGGCUGCAUGUGCAAAUCACUACUGGAUGUCUUUAGUGUCUUGAUGUUAUCAACGCGUUCAAAUUUAUUUAUUUUGUUACACCUAGAUGGUUUGAUUUUGUUGUAUUUUUAAGAUUUAACACAGCAGGGGUUUUUCAGGUGAGGAUGCGCGACGGGCAUUUUAAAAGGAGACGGAGCGACGACGGACUGGCUCAGUGAAGCAGUCAUUGGGUUCGGUAAUCAAGAAGUUAGUGUUUAAAAAGAGUGCAUUAUAAAUAUAAAGUUGAGGCUUAUUGUACAUAAUUCUUGCGCUUUUUAAAUAUCAAGAGAUACAAAUUUACCAAAUUUAAGUUUUAAGAAUAUUUCUGUGGUUUUAUAUUGUAUUGUAAAAAAUAAUAUUCAGUUUCAAAAUACCUAUAGACAUAAUAGUGUGUUUACAUAUAAAGGUAUAUGUAUUGUUUAUUUUUGUUCUUUUUUAACAUUAUUGGGAUCUUUGGAUUGGUCGUGAAGACGAUAUUUGGUAUCAUUUUAUACCUAACAUUAUAGUACGCGGUUCUCCGAGUAGUUUUGUUCUAUGUAAGAAAGUCAUCUUGCUUUGUGUAUUCUAUCAUGUAUUCACUAAUGCCAUUAAGUUCAAACAGCAGCUAGCAAUAAAUUUGUAAUAUUUCAUAUAAACAAAAAUGACAUGAACCCAAUGAUGGUGUCAAUUAAUACAAUAAAAGCAAAAAAGAACCAUGCAUAUAA